AUGGCGUUGUCUCAGAUCCAGUGUCUGGACGAGCACCACGUCAACUGGCGUGUGAGCGAGAGCAAGCCGGAGUUCUUCUACAGCGAGGAGCAGCGGCGCGCCCUGGAGGCUCUCAUCGGCCAGGGCCGUGCUGCGUUCACGGACUUCAUCCGCGAGAACGCCAUCCGGGACUUCUUGUCGGAGCCCGAGCAGGAGCGCAUCGGCCGCACGGCGGAGGCGUACCGGCCCGGGCACGAGCACUACCCGAGGCCGGAGACCCCCGGCCACGCCGGGAACACCACCCCGGGCUCCGGGGAAGAUGGCGGGGGGGACGGCGAGGUGUCACUCCAGUACUGGCCGGACCGCUCCGAGGGCUCCGUGGCGGAGCUGGACCUCGGCUGGCCGGAAGCCAUCUCCUACCGCGGGGUCACGCGCGUCAACGUGUACACGCAGCCCCCCGCCUACGCGCACGCGCACAUCAAGGAAGUCGUGCGCAAGAGCAUCGCGUCUGCGCAGAAGGUGAUCGCUGUAGUGAUGGACGCCUUCACCGACGUGGACAUAUUCCGAGACCUGCUGGACGCGGCCUACAGACGGAAAGUUCCGGUGUACAUAAUCAUCGACAUCGCUGCAGUCCCCUGCUUCCUCUCCAUGUGCGGCAGAGCCGAUAUGCACCGCGGUCACCUAAAGAAUCUGCGCGUGCGCUGCUGUGGAGGCGUGGAGUUCUUCACAAGGUCGGCGCAUAAAGUCUGUGGCUCCCUGAGUCAGAAGUUUGUCCUGAUAGAUGGAGACAGAGCCAUCUCCGGUUCAUACAGCUUCACGUGGUCCUCGUCUCGCCUGGACCGAAAUCUCAUCACCGUGAUUACGGGACAGACGGUGGAGACGUUUGACUUCCAGUUUCGGGAACUGUUUCUCCUGUCCCGCAGUGUGUCCCUCAGCAAGGUCCCUAUGGUCGACGAACCGGUUCCCGACCCGCUUCCUAAGGCCGCUCCUGUCGCCGUGUCAACCACCGUGGCCAAGAAGCUCAUCAACCCUAAGUAUGCCCUGGUUGCCACCAGUCAGACUUCUUCCGACCAGAACUCUACCAACAAGAACUCACAGGUGCCCGCUGCGUUAAAGAUUCGGAGCGGGCGUCUUAGGAAUGUGUCGGAGGAGCCACCGAUACAUCCGGCGUUGGAAAACAUGGAGAAAGCGUACCUGAUCCCAUACCUCCCCACUUGGCCAGAGCCAGACCCACCCAGCGAUGUGAUUGGUUUUAUCAACAUUAGGGACGAGAAGCGAGCCAAUCAGGUUCACUUGCAGAGGUCAGAGCGCUUUGAGGUCAGUCAGGCUAUUCGAUUCCGCUCGCCGCUGACAUCGGUGAGCCAGAAUGAGGGGGCCUCGUCCGGUCAGGAUACAAAAGCCGAAGAAAAACCCGCUUCUGGCAACACCUCUACUCCCCCGAGUGAUUUCCAAAAGGAUCAGCCGGCAAGCACAGCUUUAGAUCAAGACGGUACGGACGCAACGGAUUCCAGAAGUCCCAACACGCAGGAGACACACCCAGCACAAACUCCGGCUCCUAAACCCGCCGCAGAGCCUCUGCAGGCAGACGCUACGGAGAUCCAACCAGUCCCUCCAGUCCCUAAACCGCGAACGCUGCACCUGGUCAUAGACCACGCCUCCUCAGACCAGCCCGACGAGAAGCACAUCACUUUGAUUAAAAUUGACAAGCACGUCAACGCCGACGCCGCCUCCGGUGACAUGAGUGACACGCCGCUCCGCCACGUCCGCGUCACCACCAUGGAGGAAGGCGGAGACUCCGGCAGCAACGACAACGGCAGCCAAGACAGCACCAAGGUCAUGUGCGACCGAGUGGCCGCCGACGACCCCCUGAGCUUUUCCACCGCGUCGGAGGAGGAGUUUUACGACUGUUCCCCGCAGGAGUCCGGCGACCUGUUGGCCGAGCGGAUCAGCACGGGGUCAGGCCGCGGCGGGCAGCGGCUAGGGGACGGAAUCAACAUGAUGGCCCGCCUCUCUCAAAGCAUGCUGGAUUUACGCAAGGCCAAACAGGCGGAGGACGGCGGCAGUGUCCUCAUUCACCAAUCGCAGCGCCUGCGCAAGCAGGGUCACUUCUCGCCGCACAGGCGCAUGCCGUUGUUCCAGAUGUCCAGGUCUCCAGGUCGGGAUGGCAGACCCAGGGGCCCCAAAGUGGUCAUCGCCAAACCAGGAAGUUACCACCGCCCCCAGCGAGCAGCGGGCCCUGUGAUUGGAGGACAUCGCUACUGGCAGGCACAGAGGCUGCAUCCUGACCCCGCCCUGGCAGGACCUGGCGCUCGCUCUGGACGCUCGCCACAACGCCCCGGUCUGGGCUUCAAGAAGACGGCUCACACCUCCUCCCAGUCGCCAGGGGCCAGCCCUUCAGGGGCCGCUCACUCCAAGAUGAACAGUUUUCGACUUCUAAAGGCCCGAGGGGCGGCCGUGCAGAAGAAAUCCUCUCAAACCAGCAAAGCUUCCAGAGUGGAUCCAUGUUCCUCCCCCGAACAGACGUACCUGAUCAGUGCACCAGUACCAGGUGGCCAGGAUGGUCAGACCCAACGUCAUGCCGGGCCAGGGCAAGUCUCCAGUGACGGCGUCUCGGAACAGGUGCAUGGCGUCCUGGCGAGGCAGGUGGCAGGUGCUGUUGGGAAUGAUCUUGCUGGGCACGGCCAUACGGUAAACACGCUCCAAGUUGCUGUAGCCGCCGAUCUUGUUGAAAGCUGCCGGUGGAAAACACACGUCAGACGUUCUCGCUGCAGAUUGGCAUCAAGUGAACACACCCACCCGUGAUGGUGAGGAUAAUGGCUCCCACGAUCAUCACCACGGUCUGCAGAGUGUCCGUGUAGAUGACGGCCGCCAGGCCACCUGAGAGGGAAGUCGGGGUCUUUUAGAACCCCACCAUGUUGGUGCGACACUAACACUACAGGUGUGGUGGUGUGUGAGUCA